AUGACCGCGCUGACCCACCGGCUGCGCAAGGGCGCUGCCCGCCGCCAUGGGGAGCGGAGCCGGGCCUCGCUGGAGGUCGAUGCGUUGGGGAAAACCUCAGGCUACCAGCUCACGACCCCACUCGAGGACAUGUCCUCGGAGUACACCGGCAUCAUCGGCGUCGGCACCUCGUCGGACGGCGGGCCUGAGUUCGAGGCUCGCGUGGUCUUUGACACCGGGAGCACGAACUUGUGGGUGGCGUCCGUGCUCUGUAAGGACUCGCCCUGCGACCGCGAGGGUUCGGAGAAGUUCUACGACCCCGCAAAGUCCUCGACGUCCCAGGCUUUCCUGGAAGAUGGCAUGGAGAGCGACUCGGACAUCGACAUCAUCUUUGGAACUGGAGAGCUGAAGGGCCCUCUCCACGUGGACACCUAUCGCGUAGGCCCCAUGGCCGUGGAGAAGCAGCCCUUCGCCAUGAUCCGCGAGAUGACCGGCGACGUCUUCUCUUCCUUCCCCUUCGAAGGCAUUCUGGGCCUGGCCUUCCCCUCCCUCUCCUUCGGGGGCAUCGAGCCCUUCUUCGAGAGAGUCAUCAAAGCAAAGCUAUUGAAGAGCAAUGAGUUCGCGUUUUAUUUGAACACCGACAGCAACCGUCCGAGCGCAUUGCUUUGGGGCGGCGUGGACAAGGAUCUCUUUGACGGUCCGAUCGUGAUGUUUCCCGUGGUGAAGCCGCACUACUGGUCCCUGGAGCUCGUGGACUUCCGGAUCAAGGGACAGUCGAUCAAGGCCCACGUGUCUGACGACAGCAAGGCCAAGUACGUGCUGGUGGACAGCGGUACCACCUACUUCACGGCACCCUCGGAGAUGUACUACAGCAUCAUGAAGCACUUCCCCGAAGCUGCCUGCAGUGAUGUGGAGGACUACCCGCCGAUUCAGUACGUCCUGCGCAGCGCCCACAACCAGACCUUCACAUUGGAGGUGAGCCAGGAGACCUACAUGGUCAUGGACGAGUACGAUUCCUGCCGCCCGGCCUUCAUGAAGCUGGACAUCAAACGAAAAUCCUAUGGACCUGCGAUGAUCCUGGGUGAG